AUUCUAUCACAUUUGAAACUAGCUGCACGAAUGCCAGCGCCUGCAGACCUCGCCAAGAUCAAAGUCAACCUCAAACUCAGCGUCAGCCGCCUUCGCUUGCUGCAACAAAAGAAAGUCGCACUUUCUAAACAAGCACGACGCGAGCUGGCACUUCAAUUGAUACCGCAGGGUAAAAUUCAAAGUGCACGUAUUCGUGUUGAGAAUAUCAUUGCGGAUGAUAUUUAUGUUGAGUUGUUGGAAGUACUUGAAUUGUACUGUGAGUUGUUACUUGCCCGUAUCGGGGUGGUAGAGAGUAGUGGUGGUGCGCAUGGUGGUUUGGAGGAAGCACUCUACUCACUCAUGUACGCAGCGCCGCGUGUCGAUGUCAAAGAACUCACGGAGUUGCGGAGAUUACUGAUCCAGCGAUAUGGCAAAGCAUUCGACCAAGAGCUGACGGCUUCAGCGACAGCAGCGGAGACAAUGGGCGGUGGACCUGGUUCAGAGAGUAAAGUGAGUGAAAAAGUACUGGGCAAAUUACGCUUCGCUGUGCCAGAUGCGCAGUUGGUCACCAGCUAUCUACGAGAGAUUGCGAGAGCGUAUGGUGUCGACUUCCACAAUGGAGAUACCCCGCCUGGGUCCGUA